GCCGCUGCGCCCUGACCCGCCCAGUCCCGCCUCCCUGGAAGCGGCAACUGUUUCCGGUGCGGAGCGAACUGCUUCCGGGCGACGCGGGCCCGCCCGCCCGCCCGCCGCGCGCUCCGCGGCGGCAUGAACCUCUGUGGCGGCGUAGCGCGAGGUGCCUGGUCGGUGGCGCGUGUGGGCGGGCGCUCCCCGGCGCGCUCUGCCCUUCGCCGGGACGGUGACGGCCGCACGCCUAGGGGCUGCGCGGCUGGUUUGAAAUCUAGGGCCGACGAGAAGGCGGUUGAAGCCGGGCGGCCGUGGCGCACGCCUUUAAUCCCCGCACUCUGGAGGCAGAGGCAGGCGGAUCUCUGUGAGUUUGGGGCCAGCCUGGCCUACAAAGCGAGUCGAGGAUAGCCAGGGCUGCACGGGGAAAUGCUGCCUCAGAAAACCAAAUAAAGAAAUAAAUGAAAGCGGUUCCGUGCGACCCCGAAGCAACGCCCCGCCCUGCUGGAACGGGCUGGCUCCCAGAGGCUGCGGCGGAAGGGAAGGAAGCCGCGGAGAGUACAGCGGCAAUGUUCGUGCGUUCUGCCUUCCUGGGGCCGUGCUAGGCGUGAGCUAACCUUAACGAGACCGCAGGAGUAAAUGGUUUACGCCAUUUUUUGCUGAAGGAGUGCUGCAGCAGAAUCAGAUUCCCUUAGACAGAACUUUAAUAGAACUUUGCCUCAGGCCUCCUUGGAAUCAGGUCAUUAACAUAAUGACGCUCCUUCGAUGCUUACUAUAUUUACUAACUAGUAAUAAUUAGUCUAGAUCUUUAUUGGUGUUUUCAUAUUCAGAUAAAAUACUAUAAAGAUUUAUUAAUUUUACCACAGUCAUUUUCCCCUUAUCAGUCUCAUUUACUUUAGCUAGCUUCAAACACUUUUUUAUUAUUACUAUUUAUUUAUUUAUUUAUUUAUUUUUGUUUUGGUUUUUCGAGACAGGUUCUCUGUGUAGCCCUGGCUAUCCUGGAACUCGAUCCAUAGACCAGGCUGGCCUUGAACUCACAGAGAUCUGCUUGCUUCUGCCUCCUGAGUGCCUGGGAUUAAAGCCGGGCACUACCACACUAAGCUCAAAAACUUUUUUUUUUUUAGACUAGGGCUCUCUCUGUAGACUUGUUGGCCUCGAACAAAGUGAUUGGCCUGCCCUUGCCUCCCCAGUGCUGAGAUUAAAGGCAUGCACCACCAUGGCCAACUUCAUUCAUCUUUUGAAAUAAUUAUUUUUACCACAUGUAGUGUCACUAUACAGUGAAAAGUUAUCUGGAGGGGGAAAUUUAAAUAAUUGCUGUAAUAUUUAACAGUUUCUAUUAUUAUUAUUAUUAUUGAGACAGUUUCUGUAGCCCUGGCUGUUCUGGAACUUGCUCUGUAACCAAGCUAGCCUCCAAACCACAGAUCUACCUGCCACUGCCUCUUUAGUGCUGGGAUAUUAAGGAUAUUGCCACCAUUUUGUAGCUUCAAUUUUUUAAAAAAGCCUUCAGAGACUGGCCAUUAGUGGCACACACCUUUAAUCCCAGCACUUGAGAGGCAGGUGAUCUCUGAGCUCCAGGUCAGUCUGGUCUACAGAGCAUGUUCCAGAAUACAAACAAACAAAAAAUGAAGUUUUUAUUUUUAUCAACUCUUCCUCCCCCCCCCCACCCCGACCUUUUUUUUUCUUCUCUUCAUAGCCUUGGCUGUCCUGGACUCACUUUGUAGACCAGACUGGCCUUGAACUUACAGCUAUCUUCCUGCCUCUGAAUCCCUGAGUGCUGGGAUCAAAGUGCAUGCUAUCACACUUGACUCAAAAAAAUUUUUUUUCAAUUUGUUUUAUUAACUACUUUGUAUGUAUGCCAGUGAACCAGGUGUGUGCCUGGUGCAGAUGGAGGCUUGGAAUGGAGGGUAUCAGAUCCCCUGGAAUGGAAAUUACAGAUGACUGUGAACCCUCAUGUGGGUGCUGGGAAUUGAACCUGGGUCCUCUGAAAGAACAUAAUCACUGAGCUAUCUCUCCUGCCCUCCAUUAAAAAAAAAAAAAAGAUUCAUUUUUGUCUUUAAUUAUAUGUUGUGUAUGUGUCUGAAUGUGGAUUUGUACACAAAAGGAAGCACCCUGAAGGCCAGAAGCCACAGAUGGCCCUGGGCCAACACUGAUGGUGGUUAUGAACCCCUGGAUAUGGGUGUUUGGAACCAUGUACAGUAGCAGUGCUGUCUGAAUUGCUGAGCCAUCUCUUCAGCCCUGAGAUCUUCCUCUUACCUUAAAUACUUAACUUUUUUCACUUUAUCUGUAUGUUUGUUUGCCUGCUUGCAUGUGUGUGUACCACAUGCGUGCCUGAGAACCGAUCCCCUGUCCUGCAAAAGCAGCCAGUGCUCUUAACCACUGAGCCAUCUCUCCAGCCCCAGCCCUUCAAUUCUAGCCUUUUUUCUCUCUUUCCAUUUUUCUUUUUUUUUUAUUCUGAGAUGAGGCUUCUCUGUGUAGCCCUGGCUGUUCAUGAACUUACUGUGGAGGCCAGGCUGGCCUCGAACUCCGCAGCCCCUGCCUCUGCCUCCAGAGAGCUGGGGUUAAAGCUGUCCCCACCAAGCCCGGCCCCAACGUCCCCAGUUCAUUUACCUUACAAGAAAGCCCUCAGUUUCUCUCAUUGAUACCAAACUCCACUCACCAUUAAGUUGUUGACCUUAUAUUGUAGACCCUCCUUAAUCUGUUCACCAGUAAAUUCCCAUUGUGUUUUAUCUCCGUCGUUAAACUCUCGUUCCAUUGGGAUAGAAAAACACCUCCAAAGCCAUGACUCAAGGUAUCUUUCCUAUUUGUCAAUCAACCAUCUCUUCAUACAGCUUUGCCUAAGACUGCUUCACUGGUCUCUUCGUGUCUUUUUUUUAGCACCUUAUAGUUAAUAUUAUUAUUAUUUAUUUUUAGUUUCUUCACAAAAAACCCUGUGGUGUCCUUGAUUUAGGACACUUGCAGCAGCAUAAUAGUAUCUCACUUGUUUUUCAUUUGGAAGGGAAGGAUUUUAAAACUUGCCUUUAAUAGGCUUCAUACCUAAUUGCUGAUGAAUUCCAUGCUACAUGAGAAAGAUACAAGAGUGGGAGAGAAAUAUUAAAUUAGUUCAGCUGGCAAGGCUUGGUAAAUGGCUCCCAGAAAAGUUGUACUUUUCUUUUUGUAAAAUAAAAGGGUUUUAAGGCUUUCAUAGUUUGACAACAACAAAGUAGGAAGGUCUGAACUUCCUGAGUAAACACAUCUAAAUAUGAUUUGUAAGAAAAGAGAUGAAAUAAUAAUGACGGGAGCCACGGUGAGAUUGAUUCGGAAGGUAUUCUGGAUGUUAGUAAAUAUGCGUAAUGAGAGAUGUCUGCGUCCAGUCAGUUUUUCUGAUGAAGCAUAGCUUAGAUGAGAAAAGAACAAAAGUCAAAACCAGAGUGUGGCCCUGAGAAGACUGCCGAUGUUUGCUCGCACAGGCCAGCUGCAGUUCAGUGGCUUACUAUGGCCCAGACCAUUCAGGAAAAUAUUUGGGAACAGAAGACGGGUUUUUUGUUUUGUUUUUGAGGUAUGGUCUUACUCUGUAGCCAGGUUGAACUUGAAUUCUCAGCAAUCUUCUUGCCUCAGCAUGUGAGUUCUGGAAUUACAGGUAUGAGCCGCGAUGCCUAGCUGACAGUGGCAUCUUGAGAAAUGUCUAAGUUGAUCUGCAUGCACGCGUGGUGCAAGUGCUGGAGCUGGCAGAGCACGCCUCAUCCUAGCUCCCCGGGUGGGAGGCCUCGGCCAGUGUGGAGGCCCAGCAGGGAAAGGCUCUCGCCACCAGGCCUGGCUACCUAAGUAAAGUCCCCAGGAACCACAUAGUAGGAGAAGACUGAACCUUCAUAUGCUUUCCACAAACACAAUGAAUGUAGCAUAUAAUUUUUAAAAUUAAAAUUUAAGAUCAGCAUGGGCUACAGAGUUAAUUCAAGCCCAAUCUGGGUAAUUUAGCAAGAACUCUCUAAAAAUAAAAGUAAAAGGGAAUGGGGCUGGAUAUAUAGCUCAGUGGUAGAGAGCUUGUGUAGCAUAUGUGAGGCCAUGUGUUCAAUCAUAAAUACUGUACAGAAGAGAAGGAGGGAAAGAGAAGAGAAAAGCAACUACUUCAGAACCCAGGCUUCUCCUUCCAUCAAACAAACACCUCAGUUCAUUCUGUUCAAGUCUUGCAAGAACUCAACAGAGGACUAAUUUUACAAUGUUUCCAACAAGGACUCAACAUAGGAAGUUUUUGUACAGAGCUUAAACUAUGUAUUUAUCACUUAAAAAAAUACAGAACCUAUCAAACGAUGCUAUGAAGUUUAUGAAUACAUCAACACCACAAACUUAUGUAACACUUGACUAGGUGUGGGGACUCCACAUUCAUGGUUGCCAUUACCUCAGAGGUAGGAUAGAGGACGAGUCAGACAUGGGAGGAACAAAGGGCAACUCAACUUUAUUUCUGGCGCUUUUUCCUUUAUUUCAGGUCAUCUGGGCCAAGCACAGCCAUGCACACCUGUGAUCCAGCACCUCCCCCGCAGUCCAAGCUGCCCACAGACACACACUUCUUGGGUAGGAAGCAGCCUCUACUCUCUCUUCAAACUUCCUGAGUUGGCUAUGAAACCCCAAAGCCUGUCAGACUCCUUGGGAAAAAGAAAAGAAAAGAAAAGAAAAGAAAAGAAAAACAAAACAAAAACAACAAAAAACCACAAAAACAAUAGUAAGGGAAACUGUUAUACUUUUCCAAAUACCUUCUGAAGUAUCAAAUGCUAGAAAAGUUAUGGCCAGAUGAGGAGCUGGUAGUUACAGGCUUAAAACUGUCUCAGGAAGAGAGGAGUCAACAGUUACAGGGGGAACACUGGAGCUUGGGUCCAGCGGCUGGUCAGUGCCUCAGUGCUCGAAGCCUUCUGUCUCCUUUAGCGCCCCUGCUCCCCAGUCUUUCAACUCCCUCCCCCUUCUACUAUCACAGCCUAUAGAAUGCCUGGUUCUUUACAUAGAGGAAGCAUUCUUAAACGUUCUAGUCAAUGAUUGUGUCACAAUGGGUCUAUUAAUAGAAUCAUCAAGGCUUGAACAUUAGAAGGCCUAAGCUGACCCAGUAGACUUAGCCACAACCUCAGGACUAGACUUACAGCUUCCCGGUAGACACAAACUAGCAUUUGCCUAUAUUCUGCGAAAAACAGAAGAAAUUUAAAAAAAAAAAAAUCACCCAAAUUUUCAAAAUGACUGCCAAAAGGAGAAAUGGACCUGAUUUAAAGGAAAAUACCAUCUUGAAAGCCUCUGAGAGUAGCCGUGACAAAUCAGCCAAAGACCAAAUUGACCUCCCGUUUUCGGUACAAGAAGUCAUCUCUAAGAUUGAGAAAGCACAGAUCCUUCGGGCCAAAGAGGAAGUCCUCGCACGACUGAUUGAAAUCAUGAACAACGUGGAGCUGAUAAUGACUCGCUACAAUAUCGACAGCACGUCCCCUGCGAGGAAGCUUUCACUCAAAGAAAACCAGAAAAAGAAGAGAAAGUUUUUGUUGGAGAGAAUGGCCAUGUCUAUGAAGUCUAUGGACAUUAGAGAAAAAACACUUAGCAGUCUUCAGUCCUGGCUAGAAGAAUGGAAUUUCAUUUUGUCUGAGGUGCCCGCCGUUGACAUGGAUGAGGUUCGCCAUGCAGUUGCACGAAUGGAAGUAAUGCAGGAAACGCUGAAAAUAAUUGAGCACAAUGUCAACCGCCUGCUUCGAAUCACCAUAGCACUCCUUGAAGAAAGGAAGAGACAAAGGAAAAAAAUAAUGACUAGAGGCACUCUGUGGAGAGCUUGGAAGGAUCGAGCUAUAAAGCGGCCUGCCACAGCCCAUGCCUUAAGACCUGAUCAGAUGAUUGCUGAUCACUAUGCCUUAAACUCAAAGGUUUCAGAGAUUCAAGACAUGCUGCAGGAGCUCAUCGGCACAGCCAUGCUCAGCAAGUUGGAAAACACUGCCCUCAAGUACAUAUCAGGCACAAUGCUAAACCUUUCUAAGGCCUUGAACACAGUCAACGAUGAACUAAAACUUGUGAGCUCUCAUGUUCCCAGGUCGGCUACGAGCCUGACCAGAGAAAAGGACAAGGAGAUCUCCCAUAAGAUCAUCAAAGAACUCUGUGAGGAGAAUGAGAAGUUUAAGCAGAGGCUCAAAGAAACCGAAGAAAAAUGUGAGCAGUUGACUCGAAUCAAAAGUUUUCUAGGACGCCAACUAUCCGCCUCAGCUGUAUCUGUCUCAGCUGCAUCCGCCUCAGAUAUGUCCUUGAGAAUGCGAGGUUUGCAGUCUCCCCAGUUAACUGUAAGCAGAGAGGUUGACAUUGAGAUUGAUAGUCUUAUAAACAAAGAGCUUGAAAAAGUGAUAGAUGACUCCCAAAAGAAGGGAGGUAAGGGCACUGCGGUAAAGUGGGACACAUCUGUGACAUAUGUAGCCCAAAGUGACGUGGAUGUGGAGUCUGAUGACAGUCUUGUAAACAUAGAGCUUGAAAAGAUGACAGAUUACUUUCCAAAGAAAAGGGUGAAGCGUACUGCAGUAAAGAGGGACAGAUCUGUGACGUAUGUAGAUGAAGGGGCUGCCAGAGCCAGAGAAAAGGCUGAGGACAAAGCUGAGACUCUGCAGGACCAGGCAAAGCUCAAAGGCCUGCCACCAGUUCCAACAGCUGAGACCUUGGACACAAAUCUGGAGAAGGAGGAAAAGAGUGCUGUGGAGAUCAAAUCCAGUCCAUACUUUGAUCUACAAACACUGGAAAAGAAAAAAAAAGACGAGAUGCUAAAAGGCCAAGAUGUCACAGGUGAACCGAGUGGCAAGGAGCAACACAAGAAGGGCAAAACUGAGCUCUUACUUGCAAGAACCUUAGUUUCACCAGGCAUUCAAGUACCAUCCACUGGUAGGCCAACAGACAAAGAAGGCAGGAGUGAAGCAGAACUACCCAAGAAAAUCCAGCCUGAGAGUACCCCAGAGCUACACAAAAUGGACAAAAAAGGGAAAAAAUCAGGAAAAACUCAACAAACAGUAGGCCCCAUAAAAAAACCUGAUCAAUUACAACCCAGGACCCCUCAACAGACUUCAGAGAGUCCCAGAGAAAGUCAAAAAAGUAACCUAGAUGCAUUUCAAAGAGGCAUAUUGUCUUUCCUAACAGAGAAAAUGAAUAACAUAGGAAAGGCUUUUGACCCAAAAAGCAUACAGAAGGAGGAGGAAUCACUGGGAAGAGAAGUUGAAAAGUUAUACACCAUAAAUGCAAAAAUGGAGGAAUAUUUCCAAAAAGUGGCUGAAGUUGCGACUAAAACUGUGAGGAUAUACAAAGAUGCAAGAAAGGAACUAUUUACAGAGAAACUCAGCAAAGAACAGAAGCUAUCUCCAGCUGGACAACUGUCUUCUAAGGAGGCAACAAUCAGCAACUUUAUCUUAAGUGAGCUCACAGACCCAGGGAUUAGGAAACUAGUACAAAUGCUCAUAGAUGAAUUAGAAAGUGAAAGAGACAUUGAAACAGACAAAACAGCAAGCAAAGAUUACAGGUACAAAGGAGAAGAGCAACAAAAGCAAGAAGAGGAGGACUGGAAGAAAGACCAAAGACUUCAAAAGCAAAGGGAAAGGGAGAGAUACUACAGGGACAAAGAAGAAGAGCAACAGAGGCAGGAAGAGGAGGACUGGAAGGAAGAUCAAAGACUUCAAAAGCAGAGGAGAAGGGAGAGAUACUACAAGGACAAAGGAGAAGAGCAACAGAGGCAGGAAGAGGAGGACUGGAAGGAAGAUCAAAGACUUCAAAAGCAGAGGAGAAGGGAGAGAUACUACAAGGACAAAGGAGAAGAGCAACAGAGGCAGGAAGAGGAGGACUGGGAGGAAGACCAAAGACUUCAAAAGCAGAGGGAAAUGGAAAGAUACUACAAGGACAGAAGAGAAGAGCAACAAAAGCAGGAAGAGGAGGACUGGAAGGAAGACCAAAGACUUCAAAAGCAGAUAGAAAGGGAGAGAUACUACAAGGACAAAGGAGAAGAGCAACAGAGGCAGGAAGAGGAGGAUGGGAAGGAAGACCAAAGACUUCAAAAGCAGAGGAGAAGGGAGAGAUACUACAAGGACAAAAGAGAAAGACAACAAAGGCAGGAAGAGGAGGAUGGGAAGGAAGACCAAAGACUUCAAAAGCAGAGGAGAAGGGAAAGAUACUACAAGGACAAAAGAGAAAGACAACAAAGGCAGGAAGAGGAAGACGGGAAGGAAAACCAAAGACUUCAAAAGCAAAGGGAAAGAGAGAAAGCAGGGCUGCAGGAAGAUUGGAGACAAGACAUGAGCCAGGUUCAGGACCUAAAGGCAGGGAGAGAUGCCGAAGAGGAUGAAAAGCUGAGGGUGAGCAAACCAAAACAACCAAAGAUUGAGUUGACCCACAAAGACCUAUCAGACAUGUUCAGCCAAAGUGCAGCGGUCUUGGGAACCAUGAAAUCGCAGGUGCAAUUGUUCCCAGUGGAUUCUGACAAAAUGGAAAGCCACCCUGAUGAAAAGCAGGCCCCCCCGGCCUUCCCAAAACCUGUCUCUGAGCAGGCACAGAGAGUAGAAGCUGAGACGUCUCGCUUUCCAACAGUACGCCUCACCCCCGAGCAGGCACAAACUUUGAGUGGUCCUCCUAUUCACAAACAUGCUGUAGAAUUACAGAUGACUUUUACAGCAGAGCAGGAGCAAGGCUUACACACUGAGUCUCUCACGUCAGAAAAACCCCAGGCAAUGCAGAUGCCCUUGACAACUACAGAACAACACAAGAUAUCUGAGGUCACAAUUACCCAGAGGCCAGUUCUACCCCUCGAGCAGGUCCAAGUAAAAGAUGGAAUUCUUACUCCCCAGCAGGCCCUGGAAAAAGGGAUCCCUCCCAUUCCUGAGCAAGAAAAGGGACCAAGAUUCACUCUUACCCCUCAGCAGGCCCAGGCUCUGGGUAUCACUCUCACCCCUGAGCAGACCAAAGCAGAGAGGAUCAGUCUGACCCCUCAGCAGGCCCAGGCCCUAAGCAUCACUCUUACCCCUGAUCAGGCCAAGGCCCAGAAGGUCAGUGUGACCCCUCAGCAGGCCCAGGCCCUGGGCAUCACUCUCACCCCUGAUCAGACCAAAGCAGAGAGGAUCAGUCUGACCCCUCAGCAGGCCCAGGCUCUGGGCAUCACUCUCACCCCUGAUCAGACCAAGGCCCAGAAGGUCAGUCUGACCCCUCAGCAGGCCCAGGCUCUGGGCAUCACUCUCACUCCUGAUCAGACCAAGGCCCAGAAGGUCAGUCUGACCCCUCAGCAGGCCCAGGCCCUGGGCAUCACUCUCACCCCUGAGCAGACCAAAGCAGAGAGGAUCAGUCUGACCCCUCAGCAGGCCCAGGCUCUGGGCAUCACUCUUACCCCUGAUCAGGUCAAGGCCCAGAAGGUCAGUCUGACCCCUCAGCAGGCCCAGGCUCUAGGCAUCACUCUCACCCCUGAUCAGGCCAAGGCCCAGAUGAUCAGUUUGACCCCUCAGCAGGCCCAGGCCCUAGGGCUCACUCUCACCCCUGAGCAAACCAAAGCAGAGAGGAUUAGUCUGACCCCUCAGCAGGCCCAGGCUCUGGGCAUCAUUCUCACUCCUGAGCAAACUAAAGCAGAGAGGAUCAGUCUGACCCCUCAGCAGGCCCAGGCUCUGGGCAUCACUCUCACCCCUGAUCAGGCCAAGGCCCAGAUGAUCAGCCUGACCCCUCAGCAGGCCCAGGCCCUGGGCAUCACUCUCACCCCGGAGCAAACCAAAGCAGAGAGGAUCAGUCUGACCCCUCAGCAGACCCAGGCCCUGGGCAUCACUCUUACCCCUGAUCAGGCCAAGGCCCAGAAGGUCAGUCUGACCCCUCAGCAGGCCCAGGCCCUGGGCAUCACUCUCACCCCUGAUCAGGCCAAGGCCCAGAAGGUCAGUCUGACCCCUCAGCAGGCCCAGGCCCUGGGCAUCACUCUCACCCCGGAGCAAACCAAAGCAGAGAGGAUCAGUCUGACCCCUCAGCAGGCCCAGGCCCUGGGGUUCACUCUCACCCCUGAGCAAACCAAAGCAGAGAGGAUCAGUCUGACCCCUCAGCAGACCCAGGCUCUGGGCAUCACUCUCACCCCUGAUCAGGCCAAGGUCCAGAAGGUCAGUCAGACCCCUCAGCAGGCCCAGGCUCUGGGCAUCACUCUCAUGCCUGAUCAGGCCAAGGCCCAAAUGGUCACUUUGACCCCUCAGCAGGCCCAGGCCUUGGGGCUCAUUCUCACUCCUGAGCAAACCAAAGCAGAGAGGAUCAGUCUGACCCCUCAGCAGACUCAGGCCUUGGGCAUCACUAUCACCACUGAUCAGGCCAAGACCCAGACAGUCAGUUUGAUCCCUCAGCAGGCCCAGGCCCUGGGCAUCACUCUCACUCCUGAGCAAACUGAAGCAGAGAGAAUCAGUCUGACCCCUCAGCAAACCCAGGCUUUAGGCAUCACUAUCACUACUGAUCAGGCCAAGUCCAAGAAGGUCAGGAUGACCCCUCAGCAGGCCCAGGCUCUGGGCAUCACUCUCACCCCUGAUCAGGCCAAGGCCAAGAAGGUCAAGAUGACCCCUCAGCAGGCCCAGGCCCUGGGGCUCACUCCCACUCCUGAGAAAACCAAAGCGGAGAAGAUCAGCCAAGGAGGUCAGUCUGACCCCUCAGCAGGCCCAGGCCCUGGGGUUCACUCUCACCCCUGA